ACAACUCAACAAAGUUGUCCUAAACUUGCCUAACUAAUUUAUUGUACUAGUAAGUAGAAUUGAACAUUUUCCAAAUUAGUAAUGUGAUGUGAGAAAGGAAGACAGAGAAGAGAAGGUUUUCAUCACAGCCAAAGAUCGGCAAAACCGAGGCUGUAUCACCACUCCACACAUUUUCCUUCUUUAAUUUACACCUUAAACCAAACAAAUUUUCUUUAGAAACAAAAUCGGAUUUAAAAAACGAAUCAUCCAGUGCACAAACCACCUCACAAAAAGCUCAGAAAAAAUUUUCCCAUACAGAGGCAUCGAAGUUGUUUAAAAAGUGUUUUCAUUUUCUAUUCACCGUAUAGCCUCGAGUUCCCCAAAUUCUAACCUCACUCAUUUUCAUUUCCCAUAAAUCAACCCUAAAAAAGUUUUCCUUUCUUUUAUUAUCUCAAUGGAGAGUUAUGGGUCGGUUCAAGGGCCGUACGGGGUGGAUCGUCGGAUGGAGAUUGUAAGCGGGAAGAGUUCGACCGUUGGACCCAAUGAGAUCUUCUCGAGUCGGUCCCGCUCCCCCGAUUUACCACCCGUUCCGACUCGGACGAGUCAAGGGACGUCGAAGCCGUGGGGGUUUACGGAUCCCGAGAUGAAGAGGAAGAAGAGGAUAGCGAAAUACAAGGUUUACAGUGUGGAAGGAAAUGUAAAAGCUUCUUUGAGGAAAGGGCUCCGUUGGAUCAAGAACAAGUGCUCGCAGAUCGUCCAUGGAUACUAAAGGGAGCGAAAAUUUGCGGCUCAGAUUGUGUAACGUCGGAUGGAGGGUGGGACCCGGUGGCGCGGUGGUAAGAUCUUGAUGGAAUUGAUUGCUUGUUAAGUAAAAUCCUGCUACUAAGACGUAACACGAUAUAAAUUCUAGUUUUUUUUCCCCUAAUCUUAUUAAAACAUUGGAAAAUAGGGUUUAAUUUAUGAAUGGGGUAGUUGUUUAAAAAUUUAUAUGUUAAAUAACUUUUUUUUUCCUUUAUGGGUGGAAUUUAUAUUUUUUAUGUAAUUUUUAAUCGUUCCAAUUAAUGAUCUGAA